AUGACUAAAAACUAUUCAAAACACUCUGAAUUGAUCUCUACGUUACUAGUUGCAGAGAAACACAACCAACUUCUGAUGAGCAACCAUAAUGCUAGACCAGUUGGUUCGCAAGCUGUGCCUGAAGCACAUGCCGCAAAUCAGAGUAAUACUCAUGGGCGUGGACAUGGUAGAGGUCGUGGACAUGGUCGCGGGUCUUAUCGUGGUGGUAGGGGUCGUUGUCGUCGUAAUGUUAAUGGUCUUCAGGACUGCGGCAAGGGUCAAAACAAGGAUAAAUCUCCUUCAUACAAGCCUAACUCUCAUCAACAGGUUACAAAUAACAAGCAAGCAUGCUAUCGGUGUGGAUGCAAGGAUCACUGGUCUCGCACAUGUCGUACAUCGAAACAUUUGGUUGAGACCUAUCAGGGAAUGCUGAACGACUCAAAGGGGAAGGCAAAACAAGGUGAGAAACAUCAUGUCAGUUUGCCUGAAGCAAACAUGACCCUGAAAGAUGACAAUUAUGAUGAUAACCUGUUGAAGAUGGGAGAUAGCAAACAUGACCCUGAAAGAUGA